AGGGAGCAAAAUCAACCGUCUGGUGCGCACCAGCCAAAACGUCUUUCGCGGAGCCCCAAGCAGCCUCAACCUCGCGAAGUUCAACCUCUUACCUCGAGCACCUCUGCAUUGCCGAACUUCGCGACGACAACCUCUCCGUCAGUCACCCUCGACCGCAAUCAUGGCUCCCUCCAACCUGCCCAGCGUUUUCAACGCCACCAGCCAGGACAUUGAGCUCCUGCUGGCCGCCCAGGCCCACCUCGGCUCCAAGAACUUGCAGGUUCACAUGAACUCGUACCUGUGGAAGACUCGUGCCGAUGGUGUCAACGUUAUCAACGUCGGCAAGACCUGGGAGAAGAUCGUCCUGGCUGCCCGUAUCAUCGCCGCCAUCGACAACCCCUCGGACGUCUGUGUCAUCUCUGCCCGUCCCUACGGUCAGCGUGCCGUCCUCAAGUUCGCCGCCCACACCGGCGCCCAGGCCAUUGCUGGUCGUUUCACCCCCGGUUCCUUCACCAACUACAUCACCCGUUCGUUCAAGGAGCCCCGUCUGAUCGUCGUCACCGACCCUCGCACCGACGCCCAGGCCAUCAAGGAGGCUUCCUACGUCAACAUCCCCGUCAUUGCCCUUUGCGACACCGACUCCCCCACCGAGUUCGUCGACGUUGCCAUCCCCACCAACAACAAGGGUCGCCACGCCAUCGGCUGCGUCUGGUGGAUGCUUGCCCGUGAGGUCCUGCGCCUCCGUGGCACCAUCUACAACCGCGAGACCCCCUGGGACGUCAUGGUCGAUCUCUACUUCUACCGUGACCCCGAGGCUGAGGCCGAGGAGAAGGUUGAGGAGGAGAAGCUCGUCACCGCCGACGAGGCUGGCCCUGCCGCCAUCGAGGCCGGCACCUUCGCCGCCGGUGCUGACUGGGAGGCGCCCCCUGCCGGUGCCACCGGCGAGUGGAGCGCUGACCCCGCCGCCGCCAGCUGGGACGCCGCUCCUGCUGCUGGUACCACCGAGUGGGGUGCUGAGCCUGCUAAGGAGGCCAGCCAGUGGUAAAAACCUAGACAGGCUGGGCAAGGAUCGCACGACGUCGAGUGGCAGACUGGCGCAAGUACUCUCUGGUAUGAUUGGCAAUACUCGCAAAGUUCUGGGCCGGGCGACGUCCGGUGCUAGAGUCGACCUGUUCUUGCACCAUUAAGGGAAAGAAGCCGGAUCCGGGCACCAGUGUCCUGUGAAGGAGAAAGCCCGGUGUGCUCAGGUCUAAGAAGUGGACUUAAUCGUUAUUUCGCUCUGGUUCUUGGAUCUAGCCCUGGCUCAGCAGCAGAGCCAAGAUGGAAUUAGACAAAAAAACACAGGAAAAGGCACGAAAGCCAAUGCGAUACCUCAAAACCGU